GUCGUACUCACGGUGUGCUUGUUGCAGUACCUGUAGUCCUUGUUCGCCUUUUGCUUCUGUCUUUCCCCAGUGUUGACUGAUCACUGGCCGCUGGCAAGCCGCCGGAUGAGCUCAAGAUGGACCACCACAGCGCUACACUCGGAUGCCUGAUCAUUGGUAUAUUCUUCAACACCUUUCUCUACGGUGUUGUCACUUAUCAAUACAUUGCCUACUUCAAGACAAACUUCGGCGACCACUAUGCACUCAAACUCAUGACAUCUUUCCUCUUCCUCCUCGACUCAACCUAUAGCGUCGGUCUUGUCUAUACCGCUUGGUUCUACGUAGUGGCAAACUACACGAAUCCGAGCGCUCUGCAAGAGUCGACAUGGGCGUACGGCAUCACGUCGUUCGCAACCGAGGGGUGUGCCAUCAUAACGCAAGGCUUUCUCGCGUGGCGGAUAUACCGCUUGAGCCACAGCCGCAUCCUCCCCAUCGUUGGACUCGUUCUAUCCACUAUCGCAUUCGCUUUUGGGGCUGGAGUUGCGCUCAAGGGCCUUAUCAUUGGCUACAUUCCCGAUUUCGUCGCCUUUGAAUGGCUCGUCGUGGCCUGGGCCGUAUCGGCCGUCAUCGCCGACUCGUACAUCACAAUCACACUCAUCAUCAUCCUCAUUAAAUCGCGCAACAGGCUGCUCAAGAGCCCGCCGUGCUACCACAUGCUCAUCAACCGCUUCAUCCGGUGCACGAUCCAGACAGGCGUCCCCGCCGACCUCUUCGCGAUUCUCGCGGUCGCCUCGUACCUGCGGUGGCCGGACAGCAAUCUGUAUGGGAUGCUGGCGAUUCCGAUUGGGCGGCUGUAUUCGAUGACGCUUCUAGAUACGCUGUUGAACCGACCCGUGUUUAGUAGACCGGGGGCCGCCAGUACAGAAGGGACCGAACUCACGCUCACGCAGAGAGCAUCGGCGCAGCAGAGCGAUCUGGAGAUACAGAGAGAACAGCUUACGACGGUUGUCAGGUUUACGAACAUGAGUGGAGAGUCUGAUGAGUUCUACUAGUGAAUACAGGCGAUUCAAUACAACAUCUCUGGCGCCUUUGUCGCAAAGCACUGAGUACCUUUUACUAUGCAUGUUCGUACGUACUCAAAUGGUGUUGCGUUGUC